UUUCAUUCUCAUUCUGGUUGCUACUUUUAAACGAUUAAAACCAAACAAAUGGAAAGGAAAAAAAUUCUCGGGAAGAUACUCGUAGUAAAUAAAUUGCCAAACAAUAUGUGAAAUAAAAGAAUUACUGAGGCCUCGCAUAACCACAAUUCUCAUUAGAUGAGUUCUUCUAUUCUAUUAAGAAAAUUCGAUAACUUGAAGCACAGCUAAAAAAAGAACACCAAAUGUGAAUACCAUUGUAAAUAUUAUUAAGAGUGAAGCUAAAGUAUUUGAAUAAAAUUUGCAAUUGAACGAGUUGAAUAAUUUAUUUUCAUACGCAACAAGAAAUAAAAGUUAUAAAAUAUAGUUCGCAGAAAAAGAAUUAAUUCCGCUUUUUGUUGUUGAUUUUUGUGCAAAUAGCCACCGCUUGUAAGUGUGGGUGUGUAGGUGUGCGUGUUGAAAAAAAAAAAAAAAACAUUUGCUUGUGGCUCUCGCGCUGUCAAACUUAAAUUCUCUGGCUUCUCUUCGUUUCCAAAAGACCAGACCAUUGUCAGCUGUUCAACCACCUCUUGCCCCGCUUCAACAGUCGUAACAAAACACAAAAACAAACAAAAUUUAUUUGAAAAUUGCCGCCUUUCAAACGGAACGGGAGCACUUUUAGAAAUAAAAGAAAACGAACAAUCUCGCCCACAGUUCAGCAAGACUCGUCUUGUUUUUUUUUUGUGAUGGGGGUGUGAAGUUCAUUUGUAAUUUCUUCUAUGAAUCGUUUUUUAUGAAAUGCAAAUACUUCCGGGUUAUGUGCAUUCGUAAUAUACGAAUAUAAUUGCUUUGUGUUAUCUCUGGCACAAGAGAGUUUUUUAAUGUUAUCCUCGUCAUCUGCCCAAAGUGUUGAGUGGAAAAUUUGACAACAACAAAACCAACAAUGGAUAUAAUCGGAGUAAUUAAAACAACGGCCCAUGAUUAUGGCGAUAUAUUUUCAGAUGUCUGGUGGCAUCUCAUCAACAUGGAGUUUCAAACAGCUAUGACUUUGUACAUCAGUGUUGGGCUCUUUUCCACCAUUCUCAUAAUUUGGUAUAUAUUCUAUAGACGUUAUCGCCGUGAUAUUGAACGUCAAAAACAGUUACUUGCUCAAAGCUCAUAUGCAUCGGCCGAUAUGCGAGGUCUACGUUUUCGCAAACGUGAUAAAAUGCUCUUCUACGGUCGCCGUAUGUUGCGCAAAGUGAAAAAUGUCUCUGGCCAAGUGUAUGGAGGCCAGGGUAGAAAACGCAAAGCGGUUAUGCGUUUUGCCAAAAGACUGUUGCAGUUGAGAAGGGAAAAUAUUCCCUUGCAAAUGAAAACUGUGGAACCUCCCGCGGAGUAUCUGGAAGAAACCAUGGAGGGUUCGGAUCGUGUUCCACCCGAUGCUUUGUACAUGUUGCAGAGUAUACGUAUUUUUGGUCACUUUGAAAAACCCAUUUUUUUGAAAUUGUGCAAGCAUACUGAAGUCUUGACGUUAGAUCCAGGAGAUUUUCUCUUUAAGAUUACAGAUGCCGAUGAUAGUGUGUUUAUUGUACAAUCGGGUCAGAUCAAUGUCUUCAUCUCGAAUGCUGAUGGUAGCACAUUGUCUUUGAAGACAGUGCGAAAGGGUGAAUCGGUGACCUCAUUGCUGAGUUUUGUGGAUGUUUUGUCGGGGAAUCCUAGUUUUUAUAAGACCGUCACAGCCAAGGCGGUGGAGAGGAGUAUUGUGAUACGAUUGCCUAUGCAGGCCUUCAAAGAGGUUUUCGAUGAAAACCCCGAUAUCAUGAUUCGAGUCAUCCAGGUCAUUAUGAUACGUUUGCAACGUGUCCUUUUCACUGCCCUGCGCAAUUAUUUGGGCCUCAACUCCGAGUUGGUACAAAACCAUAUGCGCCACAAGAAAACGCAACAAACCCAACAGCAGCAACAUUAUCAGCAGCAACAACAACAACAGUCAAGCACCAAUCCAGCACAACAACAAACACAAUUGAAGCAUUCACCCGGCCAUCGACGUUCCCAGGGUGAAAUCCUGCAACAUAGUCUCUCAGAUCCCAUACCUCCACCAGAUAUGUUGCAGGAUUUAGCCUCCUAUGAGGCUCCAUUAUCACAACAAGCCCCACCUCAGGGUUCUUCCCUACACGCCCAUGGCAGUUUGGGCAAUCUAUCGACACGUCGCUAUUCCAUGACUCCUGCAGAGAUCAAUAUAAAUGCCUCCUCCAUUGACAUGUUGUUGGUAAAUGCCUCUGCGGUCGAUAGCUUCCUCAAGGAAUUGGGCUUACCCGAAGAGGAUCGCUCAUUUCUCGAACCCUUUGUUGAGGUUCGUGAAGUCGACGUCGAUGUUACCCUCAUUAAAGAGGGCAACUCCGAUGAUAUAUGUGUUUGGUUUGUUAUGACUGGUGGUUUGGCUGUCUACCAGAGUGGUGUGGAUGCCAUACGCAAUUUCAAAACCGAUCGUGUGGACUGCUUUAUCCAUUAUGUGCAUCCAGGGGAGAUUGUGGGUGGCUUGGCUGUUUUGACUGGCGAAGCUAGUGCCUAUACCAUAACAUCGCUAUAUCCCAGCCGCAUUGCUUUCAUACGUCGACCCGCCAUCUAUCAGAUUAUGCGUGAAAGGCCCAAAAUCGUUUUGGAUCUGGGCAAUGGGGUUGUCAGACGCCUCUCGCCUUUGGUAAGACAAUGCGAUUAUGCUCUCGAUUGGAUUUUCCUGGAGUCUGGUCGUGCUGUCUAUCGCCAGGAUGAAAUGAGCGAUAGUACCUACAUAGUGCUCAGUGGUCGUAUGCGUUCCGUUAUCACCCAGUCAAGUGGCAAAAAGGAAAUAGUGGGUGAAUAUGGCAAAGGUGAUUUGGUGGGUAUUGUGGAAAUGAUAACGGAGACAUGUCGUACUACAACUGUAAUGGCUGUGAGAGACUCCGAGCUUGCCAAAUUGCCAGAGGGUCUCUUCAAUGCCAUUAAAUUGCGCUAUCCCAUAGUGGUGACCAAGCUUAUUUCCCUGCUAAGUCAUCGUAUUUUGGGCACCAUGCAAUCGCGAUCCACUGGCACUGCAGCGCCAUUAGAAGCAAAUCCCGUCACUCAUAAAUACUCCACAGUAGCCUUAGUACCCGUCUCCGAAGAUGUCCCCUUGACCGCAUUCACCUACGAACUAUUCCAUUCGCUGUGUGCUAUUGGCCCCACACUGCGAUUAACCUCUGAAGUAGUGCGCAAACAAUUGGGAGUUCAUACCUUUGAGCAGAGCAAUGAAUAUCGUCUGACAUCUUGGUUGGCCCAGCAAGAGGAUCGUUAUAUUAUUACUUUGUAUCAGUGUGAUGCUUCCCUGAGUGCCUGGACGCAACGCUGUAUGCGCCAAGCCGAUGUUAUUCUCAUUGUUGGCCUGGGCGACCGUGCUCCAACAGUGGGUAAAUUUGAACGUGAAAUUGAUCGUUUGGCUAUGCGCACACAAAAGGAACUUGUGCUGUUGUACUCGGAAACGGAUAGUUCAAAGCCCAUGAAUACAUUGCAGUGGUUAAACUCACGUCCCUGGGUUACAAAACAUCAUCAUGUGCAGUGUGUGAAGCGUAUGUUUACCCGCAAGAGUCAAUAUCGAAUUAAUGAUUUGUAUAGUCGAGUUCUUAUGUCUGAGCCCAAUAUGCAUUCGGACUUUUCUCGUUUGGCUCGUUGGCUUACGGGCAAUUCGAUUGGUUUGGUCUUGGGGGGAGGAGGGGCACGUGGUGCUGCUCAUAUUGGCAUGAUGAAGGCCAUACAAGAGGCUGGUAUACCCAUUGAUAUGGUGGGUGGAGUAAGUAUAGGAGCUUUAAUGGGUGCCCUAUGGUGUUCAGACCGUAAUAUAACCACAGUAACACAAAAGGCCAGAGAAUGGUGCAAGAAAAUGACCAAAUGGUUUUUACAAUUAUUGGAUUUAACCUAUCCCAUAACUUCCAUGUUUUCGGGUCGAGAGUUUAAUAAAACAAUACGUGAUACUUUUGGCGAUGUUAGUAUUGAAGAUUUAUGGAUACCCUAUUUCACCUUGACCACAGACAUUACGGCUAGUUGUCAUAGAAUUCAUACGAAUGGAUCUUUGUGGCGUUAUGUACGUUCAUCCAUGUCACUUAGCGGUUAUAUGCCGCCUUUAUGUGAUCCCAAAGAUGGACAUUUGCUACUGGACGGAGGAUAUGUAAAUAAUUUACCAGGUCACCUGUGGCGUUAUGUACGUGCUAGCAUGUCCAUUGCUGGUGUUUUUCCACCGUUUUGUGACUAUAAAGAUGGUCAUUUGUUAUUAGACGGGUGUUAUACCAAUAAUGUUCCAGCCGAUGUCAUGCGUAACUUGGGUGCUGCUCACAUUAUUGCCAUUGAUGUGGGUUCACAAGACGACACUGACCUCACCAAUUAUGGCGACGAUUUGUCUGGUUGGUGGCUGUUGUAUAAAAAAUGGAAUCCAUUUACUUCACCGGUAAAAGUUCCCGAUUUGCCUGAUAUACAAUCGAGAUUGGCUUAUGUUUCUUGUGUCAGACAAUUGGAGGAAGUGAAAAACUCCGAUUAUUGUGAAUACAUACGGCCACCCAUAGACAAAUAUAAAACUUUGGCCUUUGGCAGUUUCGAUGAGAUUCGUGACGUGGGCUAUGUUUAUGGCAAAAAUUAUUUUGAAACUAUGGCCAAGGCUGGACGUUUGGGUCGUUUCAAUCAAUGGUUUAAUAAGGAACCACCUAAAAAAGAUAACCAUGCAUCGUUGAGCGAGUACACCUUCAUUGAUUUGGCCCAAAUUGUGUGUAAAUUGCCCGAUUUGGAUCAUCCCCUGCAUGCAGUGGAUCAUCACCAUCAUAAUUAUUUUUAUAGUGAAGAUGAGGAUUAUGAUGGUUAUAUUUCGGAACCAUCCAUAUAUAAUAGGAAUCAAAUAAAAAUGAAACGCACUGGUACAUCUCUGUCCUUAUCCGAAAAUGAAAUGGAUUCUGAUAUAGAGGUUGAUCUCACUCUGGCCAUAAGGGAACGACAAAAUAUUAAAACGCGCAGCACACCUCCCACACCUGUUAACUUGCCACGAACAAUAGGCAGCCUUAUUGAUGACAUCGAUGGUGGAGGUGGGGGUGGUGGUAGUGGUAGUGGCCAUGCACUAAAUAAUUCAUAUGCUCAACUAACGCCCGAUGAUGAUGAGGAUCAACCGCUACACAUGGGUCAACUGGGCUCAAAAGCUAGCGAAGCUGCCACCUUUGUAACGCAUCAAUUGAAAGAAGACAACGAGAACGGUCAUAGCAGCAGCGGGGAUAGUUCCAAAAUUAUCAACAGCGAAGAAAUCAGCACAACAGCCAAGGCAUCCUCAUAACGCUUAGUGUUAGGUUAGAGAGUUCAGUUUAUUUCUUAAGAUCAACCACACGCACUACAACAUAGUUUUCAUUUUGAAGAAAUUCAUUCUUAAGAGACUGGGAAGUUAAAAUCGAUGUCCUAAGUUUUUAUUAAAAAAAUUAAAUUUUAUUUUUUUUUUGUUUUGUUUUGGUCUCAAUACUUAGACUAUUUUUGUUGUUGCUGGUUGUAGAAGGUCUCAAAGCUGGAACUAGAUAGACAGUCAAUACAGACAGCAUAAGCAAAGAACUGAUAAAACAAAUUUUGUUUUUUUGUUUUUAAUAUUUAAUUGCCAUUAUUAAUCAAGAAAAGCGAGAAAAAACAAAAACAAUAUCCAUGCAACCAAACAGAAAUUGUUAAACAAUUUUCAAAUAUUUUCUCUGUUAAUUUCUAGUUUUGUAAGUUUAAGCUCUUUAGUUGAUAGGUUACGAUUUUUUUUUUUUAAUUAUUACGAUUACCAUUUGACAGAGGUUUUUAGUUUGUAAGAAACAGCUACACUUCUUAUUUCGAUCCCUCCCCCCGUCUACCUACUAUCUUCCUAAUCUCUUCUAUUUCUAAUGCUAUAUAUUUUUUAUACUGUGUACAUAAGAAUUGUUAAGUAAAUAAUUAUUAAAAAAUAAUAAAAAAAAAAAUCAAAGGAUAUCAAUGCACAAGAUACAAAUUAGAAACUUCAAAUGAAGACAGAAGUGGAAGCCGGAAGCAGAAGAAUACAAAACGUGACACGAAAACACUCUUUGCUCUUUUGUAAGUAGCUUAAGCAGGAAAUACUUAUUAAAGUUUAAAUAAAAUUAUAUAAUUUUCAAAUUGCGAUAAUACGA